GAGUUUACCAUGCAGAUGGACGUCUCUGUGGUUCUUAGGGUCCUCAUAGACCUCUGUUGUUUGGCAACUGUGUCGGUGCCAAUCCUUAUACUUAAACUUGUUGUGAAGCCGUUUCAUCGUGGAUUCUAUUGUGACGAUGAGAGUCUUAUGCACCCACACAAACCUGAUACCAUUCCAACCUGGGCUGCCUCCAUUGCUGCCCUUGGGAUCCCAAUCAUAAGUAUGGUACUGAUUGAAGGCCUGCGCAUGUCAGUAUUUAAGAGAAGCUGUCAUUGUGGGGUUGUACAGAAACGUUAUAUUGAAGUCCUCUACAAAUGUCUUGGCACAUUUCUAUUCGGGGCAGCUGUGACCCAGUUAAGCACAGACAUUGCUAAAUAUAGCCUUGGAAGACUCCGGCCACAUUUUCUGACUGUGUGUAAACCUGACAUUACAAACUGUUCAGCGAUGACAGGAUACAUUGAGACUCAUGUCUGUACUGGUACAGAUCUUGCAGUCAUUCAAGAGGCAAGACUUUCCUUUCCAUCAGGACAUACAUCUAUCACAAUGUACUGUUUUGUUUAUAUCAUGAUUUACCUGCAAAAGAGAUUUAAAUGGCGUAAGUGCUGGUUGCUGCGACCAUUCAUCCAGGUCCUGCUGUUCUACAUGGCUUAUUACACCUCCUUAUCGCGCAUCUCUGAUUACAUGCAUCAUUGGAGUGAUGUUCUAGGAGGAGCCUUACUGGGGUUGACUGUGUGUCUGCUGGUAGCAUUUUGCGUGAGUGACUUGUUCACAGAUACCACAUGCUGUAAACCAGUCAGUCCUAACAACAGACCAGAAAAUGACUUACCCCUCUAUAAACCAACUCGCCAAGAUGAUCGUCUUAGCAUGCAGACCUCCUCGGAAUCUACAGUGUCAAACAACAGUUCUCAACAUAUUGUAGCUGUCUCCUAGCAAGAUCAUCACACUCCAAACUCUUAAGUACAUACCAUAUAUGCCUUAGUUCCACUGCUUACCAACACAAUGUGAUUAAAAAUCCUUUA